GUGGUUCAGACUUGGCCUUCAGUUGCUCCUACCCCUGCCAGUUGGCUCUCCUCCUGUCUUCCUGACCCCAGCUCUCCUGCAGGACCUCAGAACUUGCUACAGAUGAGCCGCCUUCUGCCCUGGCAUCUCUGGGCCAGGGGAUGUGGGAAGGGAGGGACAAACUGGGCUCAGAGUUGUGUGAGAGUGCCCUAGUGGAAUCAGCAUCAGGGAUCCCAGCCCGGAGAUGGCCUGGACUCUCCUGCCCACAGAAGGCAGGAGCCAGAGAGCAGGGGCUGGGGCUGGGGAGGGUCUCAGCCCAGUCUAUGAGAACCUCUAGAAGCUGGGGAGCCGGGACUUUUUAUUGGGACUGAGAAUUCUUGGGAGGUGGAGGAGGUAAUCUGGGAAUCUCUGCUUCCAAACGCCUGGCCUUGAACCCUUCCAGCUCCCUUCCCAUUCCCCUCAUCCCAUACUUCUUCAUAAUUCACCUCUCUUAAAACCCCAAUUCAGAAUUUCCCACAGGAGCAGCUGUGUCCAAGAAUUGCAAACAUAGAGAAGCUGGCAGCUGGUUGGGGUGGGACUGGAGGUGCAGUGUGGGUGAGUUCAGGGAAGGGGUCCCUGUUUUGUGACCAUCUUGUCGUCACUCGGAUAGACUGUGGCUGAAGCCUUGGAGUUUGGGAACCCUUAGUGUCCUGCUUUCACCGAGGUGGCAAGUGUCAGAAUGGAUUUUGGUUUGGUUGAAGGAAGUGGGACCCCAGUGGUGGGGAGCUUGGCUCAGUUUAAAGAAGGGCUUUCCAACAACUCAACCUGGUCUGCCUGAGAAUGGGCUGCCUUGUAAGGUAGUGAGCCUCUUGUUCUGGAGGGAGUUCAGACAGAGGCUGGACAACAGCUUGGAAGGAUUCCUGAACUGGGAUGUGGUUAGAAGAGCCGACCUUUAAGGUCUCUUGGGAUGCUGAGGUCCUGGGAUUCUUGGAGUCGGGGAGUUCUCUGACACUGGAAUGGGGGAGCAGGGAAGGCUGUGGCCUCUGGCCUGGGGCGUGGGCACAAAUGGAGGACUCGCAGUGUCCUCUUCCCGCCCCAGUGUUUGGGGAACAGAGAGCCUUCUUGCCUGCCUAGCGCUGACUCUUGGCCCUUCCACCCGUGCUCCCCGCCCCUGUGCCCAUUGCUCAACCUGCCCACGAGGUCUGUCCCCAGCUGCUUCCUGAGAAGGUUCUGAGUCCCUUCCGAUUCCUCUUGUCCCACUCUGAGCCCUGCUCAGUUGGUUAACCCUGGGACAGCUGCAGAGGGCCUGUGGGCUGCAUGACAGGGUGCGGAAUGAAGCGGAAAGCAUCAGCACGGGCCUCUCCCCCUGCACCCCUGUGCGGUUAGAGCCCAUACCCAGGACGGAGGGGCUAACUGGUGCCAGUCAAGGGGUAUGGUGGGCCUCUCCAGCCCCUGCCCAGUUUGGCCUCCCCCCAUGCACCCACCCCAGCCUGCCUGGAGAUUGCAUGCAGAGGAGCAGUGCCAAGACCUGAGAUGCAGAAAAACCCAGAGCUGGUCUCCUCUGAGCCUCAGUUUCCACAUUGGUGGCUGCCCCCUGCUUUCCUCCCUCCAACCAUGAACUGGUGCCCGUCAACCCAGAGAGCGCGCCAAAGAAUGUAGUGGAUGCGGGAGAAGGCACCUUCCGGGGUGGAAACACACAGAAAAGCCUUGAAGAAGAGGGCUCCACCAGAGUAGCUCCAAGUGUCCAGCCCCACUCCCAGCCCAUCAGAAACAUGAGUGUGAGCCGGACCACGGAGGACAGCUGUGAGCUGGACCUGGUAUACGUCACGGAGAGGAUCAUUGCUGUAUGCUUCCCCAGCACAGCCAAUGAGGACAACUUCCGGAGCAACCUCCGCGAGGUGGCCCAGAUGCUCAAGUCCAAACAUGGCGGCAACUACCUGCUUUUCAACCUCUCUGAGCGGAGACCUGACAUCACGAAGCUCCACACCAAGGUACUGGAAUUUGGCUGGCCCGACCUACACACCCCAGCCCUGGAGAAGAUCUGCAGUGUCUGCAAGGCCGUGGACACUUGGCUCAAUGCUGACCCCCACAACGUGGUCGUUCUGCACAACAAGGGAAACCGAGGCAGGAUAGGUGUGGUCAUUGCGGCUUACAUGCACUACAGCAACAUUUCUGCCAGUGCGGACCAGGCGCUGGACCGGUUUGCUAUGAAGCGCUUCUACGAGGAUAAGAUUGUUCCCAUUGGCCAGCCGUCCCAGAGAAGGUAUGUGCAUUACUUCAGUGGGCUGCUCUCGGGUGCCAUCAAAAUGAACAACAAGCCCUUGUUUCUGCACCACGUGAUCAUGCAUGGCAUCCCCAACUUCGAGUCUAAAGGAGGCUGUCGGCCCUUUCUCCGGAUCUACCAGGCCAUGCAACCUGUUUAUACAUCUGGCAUCUACAACGUCCAGGGGGACAGCCAGACCAGCAUCUGCAUCACCAUCGAGCCAGGGCUGCUUUUGAAGGGAGACAUCUUGCUCAAGUGCUACCACAAGAAGUUCCGGAGCCCAGCUCGAGACGUCAUCUUCCGUGUGCAGUUCCACACAUGUGCCAUCCAUGAUCUGGGUGUUGUCUUUGGGAAGGAAGACCUCGAUGAUGCCUUCAAAGAUGAUCGAUUUCCAGAAUAUGGCAAAGUGGAAUUUGUAUUUUCUUAUGGACCGGAGAAAAUUCAAGGCAUGGAACACCUGGAGAAUGGGCCCAGUGUGUCUGUGGACUAUAACACUUCCGACCCCCUCAUCCGCUGGGAUUCUUAUGACAACUUCAGUGGGCACCGGGAUGAUGGCAUGGAGGCAGAGGUGGUGGGGCACACCCAGGGGCCGCUGGACGGGAGCCUGUAUGCCAAGGUGAAGAAGAAGGAUUCGCUGCACGGCAGCUCCGGCGCCGUCAACGCCCCGCGCCCCGCCCUCUCGGCCACCCCCAACCACGUGGAGCACACGCUGUCCGUGAGCAGUGACUCGGGCAACUCCACAGCCUCCACCAAGACGGACAAGACGGAUGAGCCUGUCCCGGGCCCCUCCAGCACCUCUGCUUCCCUGAGUCCUGAGGAGAGGCGAGAGCUGGACCGCCUGCUCAGCGGCUUUGGCUUAGAGCGCGACAAGCAAGGCCCCAUGUAUCACACCCAGCACCUCAGGUCCCGCCAGGCCGGGGGCCCUGCUGUAACCCCCUCUGGCCGCCACGUUGUCCCAGCCCAGGUUCACGUCAACGGUGGAGCCUUGACCUCUGAGCGGGAGACGGACAUCCUGGACGAUGAGCUGCCCAACCAGGAUGGGCACAGCGCGGGCAGCCUGGGCACACUGUCAUCCCUGAAUGGGGUCACCACCAGCGACGGGGGCUACCCAGAGGCCCUGUCCUCACUGACCAAUGGUCUGGACAAGCCCUACCCAGUGGAACCGAUGGUCAAUGGCGGCGGCUACCCCUACGAGUCUGCCAGCCGGGCAGUCCCUGCCCAAGCAGGCCACGUGGCCCCCAUGCGGCCCUCCUGCUCUGCCCAGGAGGGUUUAGCUGGGUACCAGCGGGAGGGGCCCCAUCCAGCCUGGCCUCAGCCAGUGACCACCUCCCACUACGGCCAUGACCCCAGUGCCAUGUUCCGCUCCCAGUCCUUUCCUGAAGCUGAGCCCCAGCUGCCCCCAGCUCCAGCCCGGGGUGGAAGCAGCCGGGAGGCCGUGCAGAGGGGGCUGCAUUCAUGGCAGCAGCAGCAGCAGCCUCGCCCACCUCCUCGCCAGCAGGAAAGAGUCCACAUGGAGAGUCUUGGGCCCAGCAAGCCCAGCCCCCAGCCAUUGGCAGAGACACCAGUCCCCCGUGUCCCUGAGUUCCUGAGGGCAGCCUCCCGGCAGGAGAUUGAGCAGUCCAUUGAAGCCCUCAACAUGCUGAUGUUGGAUCUGGAGCCUGUCUCUGCCGCUGCGCCCCUGCACAAGUCCCAGAGCGUCCCAGGGGCCUGGCCAGGGGCAUCCCCACUCUCUGCCCAGCCCCUCUCCGGAACCUCCCACCAAUCCCAGCCACUGACCCAGUCCAGAUCCGGCUACAUCCCCAGUGGGCCUUGCUUGGGGACCCCCGAGCCAGCCCCACGUGCCUCCCUGGAGUCCAUCCCAUCUGGCAGGCCUUACUCGCCUUAUGAUUAUCAGCUACGUCCGGCUGGACCCAACCAGAAUUUCCGCCCGAAGAGCCCAGCCUCCUCCUCUUCCUCAUCUGCCUUCCUUCCAACAACCCAGAGUCCUCCAGGGCUUCAGCAGCCUCCGGCCUCUCUGCCUGGCCUCACCUCUCAGCCUCAGCUCCCAGCAAAGGAGGUGACUUCAGACCCAUCCCGAACUCCGGAGGAGGAGCCUCUGAACCUGGAAGGGCUGGUGGCCCACCGGGUAGCAGCAUACAACGCCAGGCUGCAGGGCGCUGGGCACAACGUCCGCUUCUGGCACCCUCCUCUCCACCGGCUCCAAGCCUCCUCCAUCUCCAGGGUGCAGGCUCGGGAGAAGCAGCCUGCAGAGCCUCCAGCCCCUCUCCGGAGACGGGCAGCCAGCGAUGGACAGUAUGAGAACCAAUCUCCAGAACCCAUGUCCCCCCGUAGUCCCGGGGUUCGCUCCCCGGUCCAGUGCGUGUCCCCGGAGCUGGCUCUCACCAUCGCUCUCAAUCCUGGAGGGCGUCCCAAAGAGCCCCAUCUUCAUAGCUACAAGGAGGCCUUCGAGGAGAUGGAGGGGACCUCCCCGGCCAGCCCGCCGCCCACUGGUGUGCGCUCCCCUCCAGGUCUGGCCAAGACGCCCCUGUCUGCUCUCGGACUGAAACCCCACAACCCAGCGGACAUCCUGCUGCACCCCACGGGUGUCCCCAGAAGACUGAUCCAGCCAGAGCCCCGGAGCUACGUCGAGUCUGUGGCACGGACAGCUGUGGCCGGGCCCCGAGCCCAGGACCCCGAGCCCAAGAGCUUUACCCCGAACGCUCAAGCCUAUGGCCACGAGACACCCCUGAGGAAUGGGACGCUGGGUGGCUCCUUUGUCUCCCCGAGUCCCCUCUCCACCAGCAGCCCCAUCCUCAGUGCCGACAGCACUUCCGUGGGGAGCUUCCCAUCAGGGGAGAGCAGUGACCAGGGCCCCCGGACACCCACCCAGCCCUUGCUGGAUUCUGGCUUCCGCUCCAGCAGCCUGGGGCAGCCCAGCCCUUCAGCCCAGAGAAGCUACCAGAGCUCUUCCCCUCUCCCAACAGUGGGCAGCAGCUACAGCAGCCCUGACUACUCACUUCAGCAAUUCAACUCCUCUCCGGAAAGCCAGGCACGGUCUCAGUUCAGUGUGGCCGGUGUCCAUGCAGUACCUGGGAGCCCUCAGACACGCCACAGGACAGUGGGCACCAACACUCCCCCUAGUCCUGGCUUUGGCCGGCGGGCUGUCAACCCUGUCAUGGCUGCCCCUGGCAGCCCCAGUUUGAGCCACCGCCAGGUGAUGGGUCCCCACGGGAAAGCAGGAGCUGGUUUCCAUGGUAACAUGGUUGCCAGCCCGCAGAGCAGCACAGUGACCACUCCUGGGAGCCCCAGCCUGGCCCGGCACGUAGCGGGGGCCCACCAAGGCAGCCUGGCCUCCAGUCUCCAUGGCAAUGCAAUAGCCAGUCCCGGAAGCCCCAGCCUGGGCCGUCACCUGGGAGGAUCCGGAUCCGUGGUUCCCGGCAGCCCCAGCUUGGACCGGCAUGUAGCCUACGGUGGCUACUCCACCCCCGAGGACCGGAGACCCUCGCUGUCCCGGCAGAGCAGUGCCUCUGGCUACCAGGCUCCUUCCACACCAUCCUUCCCCGUCUCGCCCGCCUACUACCCUGGCCUGAGCAGCCCUGCCACCUCCCCGUCGCCGGAUUCCACAGCCUUCCGUCAAGGGAGCCCGACGCCGGCCUUGCCAGAGAAGCGGAGGAUGUCAGUGGGGGACCGAGCGGGCAGCCUCCCCAACUAUGCCACCAUCAACGGGAAGGUGUCCUCCUCGCCUGUCGCCAGCGGCAUGUCCAGUCCCAGCGGGGGCAGCACCGUCUCCUUCUCCCACACUCUGCCUGACUUCUCCAAAUACUCCAUGCCAGACAACAGCCCUGAGACACGGGCUAAGGUGAAGUUUGUCCAGGACACCUCCAAAUACUGGUACAAGCCUGAGAUCUCCAGAGAGCAGGCCAUCGCCCUCCUUAAGGACCAAGAGCCAGGGGCCUUCGUCAUCCGCGACAGCCACUCCUUCCGAGGAGCCUACGGGCUGGCCAUGAAGGUGUCUUCUCCCCCUCCCACCAUCAUGCAACAGGGUAAAAAAGGAGACAUGACUCAUGAGCUGGUGAGGCAUUUCUUGAUAGAGACCGGCCCCAGAGGAGUCAAGCUCAAGGGAUGCCCCAAUGAACCAAACUUUGGAUCUCUGUCUGCCCUUGUCUACCAGCACUCCAUCACCCCGUUGGCUCUGCCCUGUAAGCUGGUCAUUCCAAACCGAGACCCCACAGAUGAAUCCAAAGAUAGCUCAGGCCCUGCCAACUCAACCAGUGACCUACUGAAGCAAGGGGCAGCCUGCAAUGUGCUCUUCAUCAACUCUGUGGACAUGGAGUCACUCACUGGGCCACAGGCCAUCUCCAAAGCUAUUUCUGAGACACUGGCUACUGACCCCAUGCCAGCUGCCACCAUCGUUCACUUCAAGGUCUCCGCCCAGGGAAUCACACUGACAGACAACCAGAGAAAGCUAUUCUUCAGACGACACUACCCCCUCAACACUGUCACCUUCUGUGAUCUGGAUCCACAGGAAAGAAAGUGGAUGCAAGUAGAAGGAGGUGCCCAUGCCAAGCUCUUCGGCUUUGUGGCACGGAAGCAGGGCAGCACCACGGACAACGCCUGCCACCUCUUCGCUGAGCUCGACCCCAGCCAGCCUGCCUCCGCCAUCGUCGACUUCGUCUCCAAGGUCAUGCUGAGCGCUGGCCAGAGGAGAUGAGCCCCAGCCUUUGCCCAGGGCUGGGGCAGUGGGGAUGGGGCAUGCGGGGCGGGGACCCAUCAAUUCUGACCACCCUUGAAUCCAAAAAGAGGACUUUGGGCCAAUUUUGGAAGAGAGAUGAAAGUGCAAUGCAGGGAGCGGGAAGUGAAUUGCGGAGGGGGAGGACAGGAAAGAGAGAGACAGAGAGAAAGAAAAAGAUGGAGGAGAAUAACUCAGAUUCCCCUAGGUAGAUGGAAACUGUAAAAAUCCCAAAGCCUCUAAAACUAACCAGUUUUGCCUAACCACCCCCUCACCCCCUCCCAUAGGAUGGGGCUCCACGAAGGAGCUGGAACAAAUCUUCUUUGGGAUCCAAGUUUUUGGGGGAAAUGGAGAAGCCCCAUCUCCCCAACCCAACUGCUUUGCAAGGAGAAAUCAAGCUGAGAGAGUAGUUUUAUGGCCACUUGUAGGGUAAAGAGUCAGCAUGGGACAUCAAGCAGCCGUCCUUUUUUCUCUUUCAAGUAUCUCUGACUGAGGUACCCUAAGAUCUCAUUGUUCUAUUCUGAUGUAUCUGUGGGUCAGGAUGUGUAUCUGUCCAUACUCAUUCCCUCGUACAUCAGUUUAUAUUUGCCCCUAUCAGCUAGAACUAUAAACACCUAUAUAUGUAAGUAUCCCAUGCGUUUGCACAUACCUGUGCACACUCUCCAAAGAUAGAGAUGCGGGAUGUCAGGGGAGCAGGGAAGGAGAAUAAGCCCUCUUCCGCAGGUCACCCCAGAAAAUGGGGUGAAAGAGACUCUAUCUCCUGGCUCCUCCACCUUCCUCUAGCAGUCCUGGGUGCUGCCAACCGCUUCUCCUCUACAAGACCCUGGCAGGAGAAAGUCAGCCACCUUUGCAGGCAUGCCCCUGUUUUGCCUUGGCCAGGAGGCUGGGGGAUUUGGUUUGAGGAGAUGGAGCUAUGAGUGCCCAUAGCUUUGGGGAAAGAGAUCAGCAAGGAAGGGUGGCCAUUGAUUUCUGGGCAUCUUGCAAGGCAGGUUGCUCCCACCAGCUUCCUGGGCUCUGCCUUAGCUCUUAGCCCUCAGCCCCAUUCUUGGGUUUUGUGCCCCAGAACCAGCCUUAUCUCAGACUUGCUAUCUGCAUGAUGCCUUUUCGGGUGCCGGGGAUGGAGCCUUUCUGCUCUGCCCUGCCCUACCCUGCAGGAUCCCCACGUUGGGCUCACCCUGGGGAACCUGCUUCCAAAAGCCCUAUGCAGCCAGGCCAAGGGGAGGGGCCUGGAAAUCUUGUACUCCCCUCUGUGUAUAUUUUGGGGUCUGACUUUUGGAGGCACCUCCUGGCUGGGUGUGUCCACAGGGACAUCAGAGCUCUUGGGGCUGCUUCUUGUUUGCCACAUGUCAAAUCCUCUUGAUUCCUCCUUCUGCUUGGUUUCUCCAGCAGAGCCAAGCUGCCCAAGAAGCAGAGGGCAGAAGACACGCAUUUAGGCCAAAGGGCAGUUAGGAAAAUCCCAGAUAAGCGCCUCACUCUCGCCUCCCAACAAGGAUUCUAAGCCAGAAUGGAAAACUCACCAGGACCCCAUUCUUGAGUGGUUCCUUAAGCCUAUGUGGGUUCUCUUGAGAGAGGCAUUGUACUGAUAUAUAAAUAUAUAUAAUAUAUAGAUGAGACAUACUGACAAAAUCUGUAAGCUAAUAAAAUUUAAGAAAAGGUUAAAAAAAAAUAGGUAAAUUGACAAGAAGUAUUUAUUGUUUUCCCACAUUGCCUUUUUGCCUCCCCAGCCAAAAAAUGUCUUCAUCCCUUUUUAUAUGUGUAACCAAAGCCUGAGAGGUAGGGGUCCUUUAUCCUUGGAGUAACCAGGCACCCAUCCCCUCCUCCCGCAUCACCGCCUUGCCUGGCCUUGGCCUUCCUGGGCUCCACUUGGGGGCUCAGGGGGUGGGGGGUGUGUGUUCCAUUCCCUUGGGCCCUUUUAUUUUCUGGCACGCCCAGGGCCCAGCAGUCAGCACCCAGAGAAGUGUGGGAAGCCGCCCCCGUUGCCAAGGCCCGAGAGCGCGUGUGAGCUCACCACAUGGAUGCUGUGUGGCGGACGUGGGUGAUGUGUGUAUCUUUCGUAUUUUUUCUCCUCCAAGAAGCUGUAUCCAUGUGGACAUUCUGUUUCAGGGAGUUGAAAGGAGAGUGUCAGAGGAAGGCGGGGAGCGGGGACGACCUUCCCCCCAGGCUCCCACUUCCCAAAGAGUGAAGCCUUGUGCAUGGGGUCCAAGGUUGCUCUAAAGUGUUUUUCCUUCUGAGACAUUCAAGCCAGAGGCCUGUAUUUCCCCCCUUCCCAUUCUCUAGUCAACCCCAGAGCUCUGCGAAGAUACAGGGGGAUAGUUUCCCUAUCUCCUUCCUUUGUACCAACUACAGUCUCCCUCGGGUGCUUCACCCUCCAGUCUGGACAUUCUCUCCACACCCAAGGCUGGAUGGAGCGUCAGAGCCAGGCCUGGGACUGACCUGAGGUCAGCCUUCACAUUUGCUUCCCACCUCCCCGCUGCCCACCAGCAGCCCACCCCCCAGGCAUGGCCAGCCCCCCACCAACCCCCUCCAGGCUCGAGCCUGCUGGGAGCUGUGGGAAGGACCCAGGUCACUGUCUGAAAGCUGAUCCCUGCACUCUUCUGGAAGAAGUCUGUUUCCUAGAGUCUGAUAAUCCCUGAUGUCGACGGUGUCUCGGCAUUAGUGUGGCCUUAACAGAAGAAUGAUGGGGAGGGGUACCCAGUCUCCAUGGCGGCCCCACCUUUGCACUGUAGCCCUCCCGGGCCUCGAAGGUAGGCCUGUGCACCCAGGCACACACAAACACACCACACACAGCACUGCAGUAUACUCUUGCCAAAGUUUUCCUUUAAUAGAAAGCACUUUUAAUAAUUGUUAUUAUUUUGUACAUGCUUAUCCUUUCCUCUCCUCCCCCUCCCUCACCUAAUUUUGCUGUUGUUCACGGUUGAGUCUGUGUGUCAGCCAGGAGAGUGACUCUGGUCUUGAAAAGGGGCUGGGGUGGGAAAGAGGCUAGGAGAAGUUUGGUGAGAAAGGAGAAAGACUGGGACACGGUCAGCCUGCAGUGCAGGCCCCAGGUGGGCUCAGGCCCCAGCCGCCAGGCCCCUUGUCUCUGGCUGUCCACCAGGCCUCUGAGGCAGGCCUGGGGCCUUGCCCCUGCUGGCCCCCAUGGCAUAGGGAGGGAAGGUGGCUGGGAAAUGACAUCUCUCUGAUUCUGCAAGGAGGGAAGCCCUGCGAGCUCCAGGUGGAACAAGAGGGAAGGACUGGGUGGGGAAACAAUAGAGCGGUGACCCCAGAGGGAAUUUAGGGAGGGCACGAACUGUUUAAUCAACCUCCAGAACUGCUGAACCGCCCCCUCCCUCCACUCUAUCUCAGUGGCCUGGCUCUCCUGUCUGCCAGAUGUUUGAGGGACAGAUCGAUCAUGCCUUAGGUUUGGGAAAGGCCCUGGAUCCCAUAUCCUCCUUGAGCCUGUCCUUCAGCAACUCUGAAAAGCCUGUGGACACCAACUUGCCAGGCCUCCUCCUCCCCUGUCUUUUUGAGGAAUCCCUGGGUGUGUCAGGGACUGGCCAGGAUGGGCGAGUGAAUGCGCAGUGGGGCCCGGAGGCCGUGUGAUGUUAAGAGGAGGCAGCCUGUUGGAGAAGUGUGAUCCUUCUGGAAAUGGGCUCACAGGAGGGAGGAGGGGAGUGGUUCUUCUGUUUCAUUCUGAUGGGCCUGAGCAGAGGUUGAGCAGCUCCUCGUGCUGUCCAGGGGGACGGUGUGGACUCUGUGAGCUUGAACAACGUUUAUCUUUGCUCCAGACUUUUGUCCACCACCCACCCCUGCCUCCUGGGUCUUCUCCCCCUCCUUUGCUUUUCCCAGCUUCAGGACCUGGGGACGUUCAAGUGGGCCAAUGCCCAUCCAAAGGCUGCCUCCCUGCCCUACACCUCCCCACACUUGGGGUCCUUGGAGAGCUCGGGGGUGAGAGUCCUGGAGCCCCCUUGUCACCCAGGUCCAGGCUUAGGAAUUGUGAGACUUGAGAUUCCUUGGCCAGUGGUAACAUAGGACGUGUGUGCACGUGUGCAAGUGUGGGCGUAUGUGUGUGUGUAUUUUGCUUAUCUCUUUAUAGGGAACUUGAGGGCAGUUGGAGGUGGUGGGAAAUGUGACAAGUUCAAUAUCACUCAGUGGUGAAAGGAAUUGGGAGGCAAGGCCUGUAGGGCCACCAGUUGGUGGAGUCUUGGUCCCGGUGAUGGUGAGGGUCAGGCUACAUGGGGUGGUGCUGGGGCAGGCCUGUUCCUUCUUGACUCCUCUGUCUUCAAACCUUUGAAAUGUUGGAGGACCUCGGUUUAUAUCCCAUCCUUGGGUUCUUCCCAGCGGCAAGGUUAUCGUGGAGGGUUAUCCUGAGUUUGUUUCCUAAUCAGUGUUAAACAGUUUGACGCUCUCCUGUGUGUUCAUGUUUUUUUCAGGUGUGUGUGUGUGAGAGAGAGCACAUCUGUGAGUGCAUGUCGUGUUCUCCCAUUUUCUCUCCUCCCUUCUGACCUGUAAUUCAAAACGAAUGUAAGAAAUUCCUCACCGCUCCCCUGCCCCCAGGCCCUCUCCAGGAAAAACAGAAUAACCCAGCCUCCUCCUCCCACCCCCGGCUGUGUAUUUAUAUAGAUGGAAAUAUACUUUAUAUUUUGUAUCAUUGUGCCUAUAACCUUUGCCACCUUGUAUAAAUCCUGAUGUAUGCUACUUAUCCUGGAUAUGAAUGUAAUGUACACCGAUGCUGCCCCUACUCCCUGUACAGCUGCUUUGUUUCUUUGCAGUCCAUUGUAUGGCUUUAUAAGUGAUAAAGUUAAAAAAAAAUCUG